CUGCUGAUACUGCUGCUACUGCUGCCGCUGAGCAAAGUACGGAAAUAAUCACUUGAUGAGUUCCCGUUUGCACUCAGCCUAUUCUACAAAAGUAGACCAUAGUGCCCACCUUGGCUGUUUGGUGGGUUUUUCUUAUCUACCUGACUCUGACUUCCAACCGGUUUACCCCAUAAUUUCCCACCCUUCGCCUACACAUCUACAUCUACUACACGAUCGAUCUCCCCCUCCCGAUCGGCCGUGAUGGAAAUAUCUCGAGUCCUGAAUUACAUUGACGAAGCGCCCAAAUGGGUGGGCAUGGGGGGUAGCACGGACGAAAUCAGACAACUACCAAGACAACAACCAGAACCCCAGCCAUCGCCUGAACGACAAAGCCAAUCGUCCGAAGAACCCUCCCCGCUCCCCUUUGCCCUUCCCUUCCCCCGAUCGACUAUCACCACCCCAACCCCAACCUCAACCUCAACCACCACCACAACCACCACCACCCCGAACCCUCCCUCACAUACCAUAAUCCGCAACAAGAAACCCAUCCCGCGACAGGCGGGACGCGGAUACGCCCCGAAGAGCCGAGCCGCGCUGGCGUGCAACUCGUGUCGACAGGGGAAAUUCAAAUGCACCGGCGAGAAGAACCAAUGCCAGCGGUGUGCCAUGUUGGGCAAGCAAUGCUGGUACCCGGCCCAUAAGCGCGAGCGGAUUCAGAGGGAGAUGGACCAACUGGUCACGGAGGCGAAUGAGUAUCGAUUGAUGCUGGAGCUGCUGCUGUCCCGGGUCAAUAAAGAAGAUGCGGAGGAUAUCUCGGCCCUGCUGUUCAAGUACGAAAAGUAAGGGUGACGG